AUGAAGAUUCACGAAGCAAUCAAAUGCAUCCGCGACCACCCACUCUUCAAAGAUAUUGAUACAGCGAAGCCAUUGACUGUCAGCCAAGGAGGACAGCAAGUUCCUUUUGAGUUGGAAUCUUUGAAGAAAGCCAUUGGCAGCAAUGCCGGUUGCUACCGUUGCGGCUGCAAUAUUUGGUGGUCUGACCUCAUUUGGAUGGCCAACCACAGGGUUCCUGUGAAUGUGGGGCAGGUCAAAGCCAUCCAAAAAACAGAAUUUUCCAGCCCACCGUCCACAUUUCCUUUCACGGUCACUGUGGCAGUAGACAAAGAAGCCUUGGCCUCCAAGCCUGAAGGUGGAUGGCAGCGGUUGUCUCCAGCUGAGCCAGUUCACGCACUCCUGCUGUCGAUUCAGCAUGAUAUUCAAAGCAAUGUGGGGGAACAAAGGUUGAAAGAAUGGCGACGCGUUUGCCUGACGGUCUCGUUCACCUUUGAAGCAGUGACAGCUGGUGAAGCUCGUUUUUGGCGCGCGCAGAAUCUCCGAGAACAAGCAGUAAACCAUGGCUUGGUGGUUCGCAUGAGCCUCCGACAGCGCAUUUAUGAUGUGGCUGGGUUCAAGAUGUCCAAAGAGAAAGCAUCCGGACACGAGUUUGGGGCUGAAAAGGUGGCGCAGGCUUACACUCAGCAGUUGAAACUUGCGGUGGACGCCGAACCAAUCAGCAAAUCGUUUGUCGAGGACGCGUGCCACAUUCACAGGCGCUUGCUCAGUCUGGAGCCUUGCCAACAGAUUCUUGAGUGGGCAGACAGGGAGCUUUUGCGCAACAAUCCUUGGAAGAGCAUUUACGCUCUCAAGGCGUUGCUGGACCGAGCUUCCACCAGUGACAACAUCAUUUGGUGCAUGCUGGGCAUGAUGGAUGGCUUCCGCAUGAACAUCGUGGACCUGUCCCACUUUGCGGUGCAGAAAGUCAAGGACAGCCGCCAAAGUUACGUCGAGGUCUUGAAAUUGAAGAAGAAGGUCAAAGAACACCUGCUGCAAGAAUGGCUUCAGGGCUUGGACAUCGAGGCGAAGUGGAAAAACGGUUUGCGAGACACCUUUUCGUCCUUUGAGUCUGUGCGGAAGAAGUAUGCUCCCUACCCUGCAAGUGCUGCGCCAGACUCUGCUUGGAUGGUGGGGUGCCCGGAGAGUGUGAAUCAAGUGACUGACAUCAUUGAGCAGUUGGUGUACAAUCAAGCUUUUGACAACCGCUACAGAGACGCAGUAAAGGCAAAGCACGAGCUUGAAGAUUUCUUGGGCUAUCCGACCGUGGCCAAAUUGCUUCAAGAUGCGGAGGCACAGGUGCGCUCCGAAAAGAAGCCCGCCGCAGAGUCCAACACUUCGGUGGAAGCUGCUCCGGCUCCUUCUGCUGGGUCGGCUGCUUCGGCCGCAGCAGCUACUGCUGUUUCUGAUUCUUCAGCCACAGGAACUGCAGCUCCCACUUCGGCUGCUUCGGCCCACGACACUUUGAACGACGAGGACCAGCAGCAAUGGCGCCAGCACAUGCUCAAGACGAUCCGGGCACACAUCCGUCUCAUCCCAGAAGGCAAAUCACAAGCUGAAUUGGAACAGGCUUUGAAAGACACUGGCUAUGCCACUUUGAAAGGUGAUCCUACCGGUCAAGUGCUUUUGCAUUUUGACAUCAAGAAAUUUGGUGAGCCAUUGACACGGCCUGACUUUCGAAUUCCAACUUUUGAGGGACCAGCCGUACUGCAAGCUGGUGCGAAGUGUUUUGAACGCUAG